GAACGAUAAGCUUAUGUGUUUGAUGGAUGUGUAUGUUUGUAUGCCCUGGUUCACGACUGAAACUUAACGCGAUCACAGAUAAAAGGAUGCAGAAUCAAGAGGACUCCCUUCGUUACAGCCCAUACUUCACAAAAAAAUCAGGAGUUUAUGAUGAAGCUAAAGAAACAAAUGGUUUGAAAGACGAAGGCAAAAGCGCCGGGAAAAGUCCAAAAAAGCCAAGACGUCCAGUCAAAAGAUUUGGAGAAAUGUCUGAAGAAGAUGUGUUGAAACUAAAGCUUCCAGAACAUCUUGACUAUAAUCUGGAUAUUCUGUUUGUUGGAAUAAAUCCAGGAUUGAUGGCGGCCUACAAGGGACACCACUAUGCGGGAGCAAAUAAUCACUUCUGGCCUUGUUUAUAUGAAUCAGGACUGGUUCCUGAGAGGCUGACGUACCUGGAUGAUGUAAGAUGUCCAUCAUAUGGAAUAGGAUUAACAAACAUGGUGGAGCGAACAACAAGAGGAAGUGCUGACCUUUCCAGACAGGAAAUGAGAGAUGGUAAAGAUGGGCUCAUACGGAAAGUGGAGCUGUACAAACCAUUGAUAGUCUGUUUUAAUGGAAAAGGUUGGUACAUCAAUGGCAGUAAAGAAGGCAAUCUCUGCAUGGAACUCCUUCAUCUGUUCAAGAGUCUUGGUGUAAGCUUUUAGGAAUUAUCUGUGUUAAAAAGUUAGUUCUGGACCCAGUUGUUUGAAGGCCAAUUGGCACUAACCCAAGGUUUAAUUUCAUCUUCAUUUCUUUAUUUCUUUGUUCUAAAGCCUUUUUCUGGGAUAAUUUUCUCCAUUAUUUUUAGAGCAUCCAGUCUUCAAAUUGUAUGCAAAAAGAGUUACUGGUAUACUGAAUUUCUCUUAAAGCUUUGUUAUCUGAAAUUAUGAUUCACGCUAACCCUAGGUUAUCUUAACCCAGCUUUGAACAAACCUGCCUUGUAGAAAAUGGAUAGGCAGUGUUUGAAACUGAGGAAAAAGUGGGCUGUCUUUAGUGGAUAGGUAGGCAAUUCCAAGAACUUUACUUAAUUUGAUUUAUUUUUCUACAUUCCUUCAGUUAUAUAUGAGUUAUUUUCUGGAUCCAAGUGUACAGUUGGUCAACAAAAAGAUCCUAUACCAGGAACCAAUACAGUCGUGUAUGUGAUGCCUUCCACAUCUGGUAGAACACAAACAUAUCCUCGGGCCAGUGACAAAGUUCCCUUUUUCUUGGAGC